AUGGACACAGAAACAGAAAAUGACUUUUAUCAAUCGGAGGAUGACUUGGAUGAAGAUGAGGCAACCCAAUAUAUAAUUGAACAAAGUCUGAUUGAAUAUAGAAAGCUCAAAGGACUGAAUCCGAGUGAUCUGAAAGUCAGUGAAGACCCUGAUGAGAUUUUCAAAACAAUCAAAGAGGGUGAUCAGGAUGCACUGAACAGACUAGUAAUGCAACCAGAGAGUCUGUCUAGAGUUGAUGAGCGAGGAUGGAUUCCCCUGCAUGAGGCUGCAGUGCAGGAGAACAAAAAGAUACUUGAGAUGAUCUUCUCAGUAUCACCUCCUGGGGUUGCCCAGUGUCGCACUCUACAGGGUGAGACUCCACUGUUUCUAGCUGUGGUUCAUGGACUCAGAGAGAACGCCACAUUCCUGUUACAGAAUGGCAGUAGCCCAGAUCUCCAGAAUGAUGAGCAGGAUUCUCCAUUAGUCGCAGCUAUUAUGAAUGACCAGUAUGACUUGGCAACACUAUUGCUUCGCUACAAUGCCAAAGUAGAUCAAACAGGACCACUAAACAGGACAGCUCUACAUGAGGCCUCCUUUUUAGGCCUGGAGAACUUUACCUAUCUGCUCCUAGAGUCUGGUGCUAACCCAAAUGCAUGUGACAUCAAAAAGAAAACUCCACUGGCUCUGGCUGCCCAGAAUGGACAUCUGAAUGUGGUGGAGGUCCUGUUACAGAAAGGAGCUCAUGUGUGGUGUGAAUCAGAGUCAGGCACUAUCUUGUUUGAUGCUGCAGCAUCAGGAAACCCUGACAUAAUCUCCUUGCUGCUGGACCAUGGAGCAGAUCCAAACCAACCGCUGUAUAGUGGGCACCUCCCUAUUCACCGUGUUGCAUACCAUGGUCACAUACUGGCACUGGAGCACCUCAUCCCAGUGACUAAGCUGGAGGCUGUAAAAGAAAGUGGAAUGAGUCCUCUCCAUUCUGCAGCUGCUGGGGGGCAUGUCCGCUGUGUGGAGUUGCUUAUCAAAGCUGGCUAUGAUCCAAACUUCAUGCUGCACCCAAGAGUUCGCAGCAGCUAUGACGAUGAGCGCAGGUCUGCCCUCUACUUUGCUGUGUCCAACAAUGAUCUUCAGUGCGCCCGCUUGCUGUUAGAGGCUGGAGCAAUGGUGAACCAGGAUCCUAUCACAUGUUUGCAGCUGGCUCUCAGACAAGGCAACUAUGAGCUGAUCAACAUGUUGCUGAAGUUUGGGGCAAAUGUAAACUACUACUCCCGUAUCAAUGCCACUCACUUCCCCUCAGCACUUCAGUAUGCCUUGAAAGACGAGGUCAUGUUAAGAAUGAUUCUGAACCACGGUUACGAUGUGAAGCGUUGCUUUGACUGUCCCUAUGGUGACAAUUCCCAUGACUAUGCUCCUUGGAUGACCUCAGCCAUCAAAGACAUGGUGUUCUGUGAGGUGAUAACAGUGGCCUGGCUUACACAUUUAUCUGCUCAGGUAGUGCGCAUCAUGCUGGACUACACCGACCAUGUCUCUUUCUGCACCAAACUCAAUGACACACUGAAGGAGCAGAAACAGUGGCCAGAAAUCUGUCAUAUUCAACGAAAUGCUCGCAGCCUGAAGCACCUGUGUCGGUUGCGGAUAAGGGAGCAUCUCAGAUACUUGCGCUUGAGAGCCCCAGUUUUCAUCAACUUCCUUCCUCUUCCUCCCAGGCUGAAAGAUUACCUACGCUACAAGGAGUUUGAUGUUUACAGCAGGGGCAGCAUGGUUAACCCAUAGCAAAAACACAUUUAUACUUGUCACAGUCACACUGUGAUGAAGGUACAAAAACAAGAAGUAUCUUUUAUCCGUUACUGUG